AAUGGUAAAAAAAAGAUUUAAAAAAUGAUAAAAUGCCUAUUUGCUGGCUUGUCAGUGAAGAAGGUACCCAUAAACCAAUCCCGUUACCUCAUUUACGUGCGGUUGUUGUUGGGCGAGGCCCAGAAACGACAAUUAAAGACAAGAAAUGCUCUCGGCAGCAAGUUGAACUGAAAGCUGAGUGCAACAAAGGUUAUGUCAAAGUUAAACAGCUGGGCUUAAACCCCACCUCAGUAGACCUUGUGGUGGUGGGGAAAGGCAAUGAGGUCAGAAUAAAACCUGGACAGAAGCUCCAUGUUGUUAAUCAGCUUUACCCGUACACCAUACAGUUCAAAGAAGAUCUCUCUGGGCACCACAGCAGCAUCAAAAGUCCAAGAGAUCAAACAUUGGAGAACAGUGAUGGCCAGAAAAAUGUUCAGACUCUAAAAGCUCCUAAGCAGAACACAAAUGGCUCUCCAUCAGUACGUCAUGCAGAAAACACAAAAACAAAUGAAAAUGUCAGACAUUGGAGCCAAGGUCUGAAAACUUCAAUGCAAGAUCCUCAGAUGCAGGUUUACAAGGAUGAUAAGGUUGUUGUGAUUACAGACAAAUACCCCAAAGCUCGCUACCACUGGUUAGUCCUUCCAUGGCAGUCGAUUCCCAGCCUGAAGGCUUUACGUGGAGAGCACUGUGAUCUUCUGAAACACAUGCAGCAGGUUGCUGACCGCAUGAUCCAGCAGUGCCCAGAUUCCAGCACACUUCGGUUCCGGUCAGGUUACCACGCUAUCCCAAGUAUGAGUCACAUCCACCUCCAUGUGAUCAGCCAGGACUUUGACUCUCCUUGCUUGAAGAACAAGAAGCACUGGAACUCUUUUACAACGGAGUAUUUCAUUGAUUCUGAUGAUGUUAUUCAGAUGCUUGAGACAUGUGGAAAAGUCACUGUUAAAGAAGGUUCCAGUGAAUUGUUGAAACUACCUCUCCGCUGCCAUGUGUGCCACAAAGAGUUUCCUACAAUACCUUCUCUGAAGGAACACUUGAAAUCUCACUUUCCCAGAUAAUUAUGUGACCUUAACAUAGAAGUAAACACAUGUUUAAUGGUGUUUAGUGUAUUUUUCUAAAAUGUUGUUUUGCAUUAAGUGUUGUAAUUAUGCAAGUUGAAAACUUGUCACUUGUUUUGUACAUUUUUGAAAAUGUACAAAAAAAUAUGCUUGUCUAGAGUGCAUUGGUCAGUCCUAAGUCAAAUGUUGAUCCACUCUAACUUUAUUUUUGUUUGUACACUUCAUUUUCAGAUAGGUUUAGUUCUUCAUUCUGAUGCAAUAAACGUUUUCUAGAGACUUUA